CAAGCCCGAGCUGCGGCGCAACCGGUCCAUGUUUACCUUGCUGUUCCAGUCUCUGGCCAUUGCUGCUGUAUGCUGGUUCUAAUUAUCCCUUUUUGAUCUCUCCCCGAUUGCUACUGCAAUGGUGCUACGGCCUGCAGCAGCUGACAUGAAAAUCUUUUUCUCAUGCGCCUCAGAUCCCGUAUGGCUUCGGUGGACCGCUGAUCAGCGCCAUCUAUGGCGGAGGCCAAUUGCCCAUGUUCCUAGGCUGGAUCGUGGUCCUCAUCGUCGACGAGUGCGUGGCUCUCUCCCUCGGCGAGCUCGCGUCGCGCUACCCGACCUCUGCCGGGCCUUACUACUGGUCGUUCCAGCUCGCGCCGCACAGCGUCCGUACGGUGCUGUCCUUCAUAACGGGCUGGACGUGGCUGAUCGGGAACUGGACCAUCACCCUGUCGGUCAACUUUGGCUUCGCCUCGCUGAUCGCCGCCUGUGUGGCCAUGUACCACCCGGAAUUCGAGGUCGAGCCGUACCAGCUGCUGCUCAUGUUUUACGCCAUCUGCAUCAUCACCUUCUUUGUGUGCGCCUACGGCAACCGCUUCCUGCCGCACGUCGACACCUUCUGCGCCGCCUUCACGGCCCUGGCCAUCUUCAUCACCCUCAUCUGCCUCUCGGUCAAGGCCGACGUGGGUAGGAACUCGCCCUCGGACACCCUCGGCCACUUCGACAAUUCCAUCUCGGGCUGGGGCGACUUUUCUUUCUUCAUUGGCAUCCUGCCCGCCGCCUACACCUUCUCCGCCAUCGGCAUGAUCUCGGCCAUGGCCGAGGAGUGCGGAGACCCGGCCGUGAAGCUGCCUAAGGCCAUUGCCCUGUGCGUGCCCGUGGGAGGAAUCGCCGGGCUGUUCUUUAUUAUCCCGAUCUGCGCCACGAUGCCCGCGCUCGCCGACAUCCUGAACGCGCCCGUUGCGCAGGCGCUGCCGUACAUCUUCCAGGCCGUCAUGGGGUCGCCGGGAGGCGGGCUGGGGCUGACGAUGCUGGUGCUGAUCAUCACCUUCUUCUGCUCCAUCUCCAUCACGGUGGCGGCGUCGCGGUGCACGUGGGCGUUUGCGCGCGACGAGGCCAUCCCGCUGUCAGGGCUGUGGAAGAAGGUCGACGCGCGCGCCGAGACGCCCAUCUGGGCGCUCGCGCUGACCACCGUCGUGCAGAUGCUGCUGGGCCUGAUCAACCUGGGCUCGUCAUCGGCGUUCCUGGCCUUCGUGUCGGUCGGCGUCAUCUCGCUCGCCGUGUCGUACGCCAUCCCCAUCUGCAUCUCCAUGUGGCACCGCCGCCGCGAGGUCAACGGCGCCCGCUGGACCAUGGGCCCUAAGAUCGGCUGGCCUGUCAAUGCCGUCGCCGUCCUGUGGAUCGCCUUCGAGACCGUCCUCUUCUCCAUGCCCCAGGUCCUGCCCGUCGACGAGAUCACCAUGAACUACGCCAUCGUCGUCUUCGUCGGCUUCAUGGCCCUCAGCGCUCUGUGGUACGGCGUGUAUGCGCGCAAGGUGUACAAAGGACCGCCUGAGUCGGACGGGUUGGCGGCGGAGUAGAAAAGAUGGAUAAUUAAUAAUAAUAGCGAUGUAAUUAGUGACUUCAUUUUGGAAUUCUUCUGCUUCUUUUGUUGUUUACAAGCCUUCUGCAAGUACAAACCAAUCCUCUAGCAGUGAAUGUACCUAGUACGAAGACAGGCUACAGCGCUGGGAUAGAAGUAGAUGUUCAACAUUCGGUGCGAAAAUAUAAUACACGAGAGAAGAAAAGAGGACCUAGUCUAGAUAAAACUUCCAUUGUGACGG